AUGCAUCGGCAACAAUGGCCAACUCGUCCCCUCGUCCAGGUUCAGAUCCAGGACCGAGACCAAGCUGCUUCCUUGGUCAACUCGAACAGCUUUCGCCAGAAUACUGGGGUUUCUCUUCACGACAAAUCUUCAGAGCCUCUUCCGAUACCCUCGCCCAGCUCCACCGCUGCGUUGAGCUCAAGAGAGUCGACCACUGUGAUUGGCAGCAACAAUCAGGGCGCAAGCAACGCCAGCAGGUUUGCAACAGCGACUCCGGUCUCGACAGCCGGUUUGAUCAAUCCCUUCGAGCUGUCUUCCACAGCUUCCUCGGAACCUCGUCAUGUUCUCAUCCGCGUUGACGGAGAUGCUGGCUCUUACCUCGGCAAUGUCACAGUGACCAGCGGGGACUCGGUCCAGACGGGUUGGAGCGUCGACUACUCUGGCUACUCUCGUAUGCCUCGAGAGUACGGUCAUGGUGUCGGUUGGCGGUUGCAAGAAUCUGAGGCUGUUCCGGAUCCCCAUCAAACCUGUAGCUGGCCCAGAAAGUUCGAAUGCUCCAUGUGCUCACUUCGGUGGAACGCGGUGCCUCUUCCGUCCAAGGUCAUCCGCGGCGAUAUUAGUCAAAAGGAUAGGAUUGACUUGAGAAUUCCCAACCCGCCCGAUGCUAAGAAAGACCCGAGCUUCUCUCGGCCUGGGUGCUCCGAGUUCCAUUACUACCUUGAUCAUGAAUGUUCGGGCAGCGAGCCGUGCGUUCGGGGUCUCUGCUACCAUUGUCGCCCAGUCUCUUUCCUGCCGGACUCCCAGCCAAUGACCCAGUGCUGUCCGCCGGCGGUUGCUGAGCCGGGAUAUCUCAAGGAGAUUUACCGCUGCAUCAUGGAUAACUGUUCCUUUCUGACGGACACGCGGCGGGAGAUGAAGGCUCAUCUUCAUUCUCCCAGGAAGAACGGUCACAAAGCAUACCUCACCGGGCUGGCCAGUCGCAUCGAGAAUGGACAAAUGCUCAGUGCCAUAGACAAGGAGAUCUCGUCACGCUUGAUGCUCAUGUUCAACGACAGAGACGCCCGCGGGCAAAAGUCCAUCUCACAACCCAUCAAUACGGUUCUGGGUCCGGAGGACAUCAGCAGUCCCGCCGUGCUGCGAGAGCACACGCAGUGGAUGUCGUAUCUCGGACUCCACACCCCCGAGAUACACCGUCGCGACUUUUUCGAUCCGAGAACCAGCCAGUGGUAUUACCGAGAAUAUAACCUCGACGACAACUUCGACGAUGCCUGCGAGAACACGAGAGUCGUGUCUUGCGCCACCGGUCGCGCUGUGAGAGCCACGGACUUUUUAUGGCGAUGA